CUGGUCGCAUGUGCCUUCGGCACACGUUUGUCGGCAUGGGUAUGGGGCACGGGCAUCUCCCUCUCCCUACUUUUUCGUUCCCCUACCGCUCCAGGGAUCCCUUACCCACUCUUUCCAUCUCCUUCACUCCUACCCAUGCUUUUUCCCGCCGUCGCGGCGCCGGGGUGGUGGGGCGACAAACGCGAGAACCUCGGCAACGGCAUCGCGACGCUCAUAGCCUAUCGAGGCUCCGAAACUACACCACCUUAAAAAGACAGAUAAAUUCUCCCAAGGGGAAAACUGACCUCGACAGUGUGUUUACAUUUGCCCGUACGAUAAAUAUUUACAUACAAACUCAGGAGAAGAUUUGAAAGAUUUUUUUUCAUUUCGUUUUUUUUUUUUCAAAUUGAUAUUAAUUUUUUUCUCUACCUAUCGAAGAAGAAGAAGAAGAAGAAAAAAAAAGUAAAAGUACGAGGAGCACAAGGAGGGUUUCCGAAUCGACGAUAUUUUAUUCCGAGAGAUCAUUUAUUUGUAUUUAUUGAAUAAUAUAACAAAUAAUUCGAUCGGCUUUCCACGUUGUUUGAGAAAGCAAGAAAAAAAAAAAUAUUAAACCAAAAACGAUAAAGUUAUUCAACGACGAUAUACGUUGUAUAUUUUUUUAAUUAUACAUUUAUAUAUAUAUACAAAAUAUAUAUUUGUAUGCUGUGCUGAUCAGGAAGUUCUUCGCGGAUUAACGGAAUAGAGAACAAAAAAAGAAACCAAAUUCAAAUUAUUAAAGAACAGCCGUAAAAUUAUUCUGUACUAAGGAUGUCGAACAAGAUGCACGGAGCCCCUCCUGUUCACGGGGCUAAUUUAAUGAUCGCAAUGGGGAAUGGUGGAAGUGCGUUGGAUGUGGAGAUGAGUUCGUUGUCGUCGUCAACAAACGAACGUCCUCAAAUCAGGAGAACGCCUAUGCGGCCAAUGAUUGCUGAAUACGAUCCUAAGAAGCAAGGAGUGAAAACAGAACUCUCAGACAUGGUGCUUGUCAAAUACAAGUGUGAGAAAAAUGAAGUGCCCAUCAGCGUUACCAAUGGCUCAACCCUCCCCCUCGUCGAACGUCCCGACGACGAGGAGGCAGCCCUCUACAAUCCAUUCGAACACCGGAAACUGGCUCAUCCAACUUCCGAUAUGGACACUCUCAUUCAUCUACUUAAGGGUAGUUUGGGAACCGGCAUCCUGGCAAUGCCUUUGGCUUUCAAAAACUCCGGAUUAGCUUUUGGACUUAUAGCCACAUUCUUCAUCGGGGCUGUUUGCACCUAUUGUGUUCACAUUCUGGUUAAAUGUGCCCACGCUUUAUGUAGGCGGACACAGACGCCGAGUCUUGGUUUUGCAGAUGUUGCCGAAGCAGCGUUUCUCGUUGGACCCGAACCUGUGCAAAAAUAUGCGAGACUUGCCAAAGCCACGAUUAAUACCUUCUUGGUAAUUGAUCUGAUCGGGUGCUGCUGCGUGUAUAUAGUAUUCAUUUCUACAAAUGUUAAACAAGUUGUGGAUUAUUAUACGGAGAGUGAAACGAAUCUUAGAAUAUUCAUGGCUGCACUUCUACCACUGCUCAUAGUCUUCUCGUUAGUCAGGAAUCUCAAAUAUCUUGCUCCCUUCUCGAUGAUUGCCAAUAUUCUGAUUGCCACCGGUAUGGCUGUAACUUUUUACUACAUAUUCAGAGAUCUUCCAAGCAUCGAGGGAAAAACGCAUUUCUCAACUUGGCAACAACUACCAAUGUUCUUUGGAACUGCCAUCUUCGCUCUUGAGGGCAUCGGUGUCGUUAUGCCCCUUGAGAACAACAUGAGGACCCCACAGCAUUUCAUCGGUUGCCCGGGAGUCUUGAACAUUGGUAUGUUCUUUGUCGUUCUUCUUUACAGUUUGGUUGGUUUCUUUGGUUACUUGAGGUAUGGAGAUAAGACUCUUGGAUCCAUCACCCUCAAUCUUCCCCAAGAUGAAAUACUUGCACAAUCCGUAAAGCUCAUGAUCGCUAUUGCCAUCUUCUUCACUUACGGUCUUCAGUUUUAUGUGCCAAUGGAAAUCAUCUGGAAAAAUAUCAAACACCGUUUUGGAUCGAAAAAACUCACAGCUGAGUACAUCGUACGCAUUGUUCUUGUAAUAUUUACCGUCGUCAUUGCCAUCGCGAUACCAAACUUGGGACCAUUCAUCUCCCUCGUUGGGGCGGUCUGCCUUUCGACUUUGGGUCUUAUGUUCCCGUCAAUAAUCGAACUCGUUACCGUAUGGGAAUUGGAAAAUGGUCUGGGAAGUUAUAACUGGCGGUUAUGGAAGAAUAUCGCGAUAAUAUUAUUUGGUGUUCUCGGUUUCGUCACCGGAACAUACGUCAGUCUCCAAGAGAUCAUUGAGAAUAAGUAAAAAAAAUGAUCGCCUCUGGAAUUUUCUAUUCAGAUCGCUUCGGGGUAGUCAGAAAAGAUACUCCGAAUCAUCUAGCGGAUCAAAGCUAGAUAAUCUGCUAAGCAACACCACGCUGAUGAUAUUGCUUCGAAGACAUACUAACUACAAUCUCUCUGAAAAAAAAACACAGUAACCACGUAUGUAGUCAACUAUAUCAGCGUAUUAUAGUUCCUCCUUAGGAGCAAUUUGAUUGUAUUUUUUUGUUUAUUUUUUUUUUUAUUCCUUCUGCCUUGCAAGUAUUAUUUCACAAUGAGGAAACGACGGAUAUAGUAACUGUAGAAUCUGUUUCGUAUAAAUGCAGGUACCGAUCGCAUAAUUUUCAGGGAAAAAUUUGUUUUAUAUUGAAAUUUUGAAUAAAAUAAUAACAACGAAAAAAUGUGAGCGUAACAAAAAGUCAGCUGAGAAACCGUACAUAAGAUAUCACUGUAUGUAUAUAUACGCUCUGAUUAUAAAGGCAAUUAACGGAGAGAACUGAGAAGUGCGUAUAUAUUUGGCGUUGUAUUGUGAAGUUUGUAGAGCAAAGAUAAAAGAGGUCAAAAAUAAUGAAAAGAAAAAAAAUAAAUAAAUAAAAAUCAUAAUUAGAUACGAGUCACGUGGAUUGACGGGGUGUAAAAAUUACCAACUUACCGUGUUUCGUUUUCCAAACGAACUACUGCAGGGCGUGACAGCCGAAAGUCAGACAAUAUAAACUGUAUACGGACGUUGUGUUAAACUGCGACAAAUUUAACGGUCGGAAAACAGCAUAAGAUACGUACGUACAUUGUAUACAUAUGUUCAUAUACCCGGCGAUUGAUGAAACGAAUGGAAUUUAUUCUAAAUUGCAGUAUGAUGAGAAAAUCAUGGGUUAUGCGUUGCCAUACGCGGGAAAAGAAAAAAUAAUCGAAUAAAAUUAAUUGAAACGAAUAAAUUAAUUAGAAGAUUAUAGAUAAAAUAUUUUGACCAAAAUAAAAACUAAAACAAAAAGAAAGUUGUGCGUGAAUAUUUUGAAAAUUUUCGUAUAUUUACAGUGGAAAUAACAAAUACGAUAUGUAAAUUAUUCAGCGGAAUCUCAGACCGAUAGAACAGAAAAAGCAUGGCGCCGCCGUCCGGGGCCUUAUAUAUUCUUUUUUUGUAAAUACAUACACAUUAAAAGCAACGCAUCUCAACGACUACAUUAUAAAUAUAUAUUGAUAUAGUUUAUAUACAUACUGCAAAUUCAAAUGUGUAUAUAUACAUAUACAUAAAAGAAAAACAAAAAGAAACUGUAAUUUAGACUAGAAGCGAUCUUGCCUUGUACGAAGCGUAGACAUGAAUCGUAGUAGCUAAGUUUUAGUUAGCGAACUACCUGGGCAAUCUUCAUGACCUGUUUUGGAUCCUCGAUUGAUUUGAAUUGAAGACCCUGAACUUGCCAAGAAAGGGGCUCAGCGCGUCAAGGCAACCCUAAGGCCCUUCUGUGAUUGGCUACAGGACGGAGCGGGAGCUGUUCCAUAACCCUGUAGCAAAUUCAUUUAAGUUCAUUCUUUUUACAAUUAUAUACCUAUAAUCUUUGUGUCUAUGCCAGUUUCGAUUCAACUCACGUGAUUCCUAAAAAUCAUGUAAAUAAAACAAAGUUGAAUGAAAAUAACAAUUCAGCCAAUCGAUAACUUUGCAUCUAAGUGAUACAUGUAUUCAUCAAUAUUAUUAUCAAGAUCAACCACUAGGAUUCACGUGAUAUUCAACGAAAUUAAUUGAGCAAUGCGAAUUAUAUGUCACCCCCAACGAGCGAUGUCGAUUAUCUUACAAUUAGAUUAGUUCGAUUAUGAUAAGCACUAACAACUAGUAACAAAUGUCUCAUAUUAUAUACCAUAUUCAUAUAAAUACCGAUGUAAAGACAUCGCUCAGAGGUGUUUUAAUAAUUCAGGAAUCGCGAGCCAAACGACUCUUUGCUUCUAGGGUGGCAUAUUAGGAUAGGUUUUUUUUUUUUUUUUACCCUCAUAAGUCGACAGAGAUAUCAUACAUUUGAUUAUUUAAUUAAUUAUUAUCAUUAUUGUUAUUAAUGUAUCACCUUGGUCUAUUAGCUGUUUGAGUUUAUUUAUUUUUUUUCCUUCUUUUCUAAACGCAAACAGCUAAUAUUGUCCGAACACACAACUACGCACUUGACAUGAUUUGUAAAGACACAUAUGCAACAUAUAUACCUAGUAUGCUAAAUGAAGUAUUAUUAAAGAUUAUAUAUGUCGCUCUGUCAUUUACCGAGGAAUAUUGAAUAUAUAUAUAUAUGUAUUUAUUUUGAUUUUUUUUUUGUUUAAUUUUUAUUGUUUUUUCUUUCUUUCAUUUGCCUGUGUAGUUUUCCUCGGUAAAUACAUAAUCACCAGAAUUAUUAUUAUGAUUAUGAUUAUGAUUUUUUAUCAUCAAUUGUUAUAUCUACAUCCAUUUGCCAUCAAAUGUAGAAAAUGGUAGCAAAAUAGAAAAAAGUUGCAGGAAAAAUUGAAAUUUAUUGCGAUCAAAGCGAGUUGUUGUACAAUAGUGGAAAAGAAAUUGAGCACUCAUGGAAUAGGAAAAAAGUAAGAAGCAAAUGAAAAAAGAAACAAACAACGGUGCAACUUUAUCUUAAAGAUGGAUUCGUUUUCAUUUUGAAAUACGGUUCAUGAUUCAGGAAAAAGUUCGGUUUAACACAACACAGCUUUAUAAGUAUUAGGUAAAUUAUAUAGUAAUUUCGUAAUUCUUUUUUAUUCGUGCCUUGACUAUAGAAAAAAGAUGUACAAUUUCGCCUUCCAAAUGUUAGCAAAAUAUAUAUGAAAGAAUAAAAAAAAAAUGAAAAAAAAAUUUACUGAAUAAAAGAAAAAUCUUGAAAAAAAAAAAGAAAAAAAACCAACAAAAAAAAUGUUGUUACUUUCGAAAUCGUUGUUGUUCGUUAUGCGUAUAAAACGCCGCGGUGUUCGCGUGUAUAGUAAAAAAAAAAGAAAAAAAAAAACCAAACUGUUAGUGAAAUUACGGCAUUUUCCUAGUGAGAAUCGUACAAAAAUGAAAAAUU